CGCAUUUCGCCGAGUGGAUGAACGGUUUAAUUGAUCGCUGCUUUAGCCCACCACCCCCUGCCCGCCCUCGAGCCGCCUUCCCCACUCGUGCGGUUCUCUUGUGUUAUGAUUCUAAUCAAGUGAUGGGGAGCCAGUAUUUGUUGGAUUCUAUUGUCGAAUGCAGGGGCCAAGCAGACAACCGAGGACAUCCGGCCAACUACAAUUAAAAAUUCGGCAGGCAACGUCUUUAUGGAAAUCAUGAAAUCCAGAUUUUAAAAGAAAAGGUUGAAGUGGAUCCCUCCAGUUUUGUUUAUUUCAAGUAAUAAACUCAAGAAAAGCUUGUAGUGUGAAUGGACUUUUUUUAGCCCAGGAAUUAUUCAAGUGGAAUCUGUUGUUUGUUUGUUUGUAUUUUUCGGCAUGCCUAGAAUUAUUUGGGAAACUUCGCUUGUUAGACACAGUGUUGUGACAAAGUCUGGCAUCUUCUUUGCUGUCGGCCUUGCUCCAGCCCUAAGGCUCACGGUAGCCGGCAGAGUAGUCCAGUCAGAGACCCGGAUUAUGUUGGCGGUCUCCCGGCAUGUCUGUGGCAGGAGAUGAUGGCUAGGUCCAGAUAGAACAUCAUGACGUCCUGCUUGCUGGAGCACGCUGACCCACUGAACGUACGUAAACAUGGCAGAGAAUGAAAAGCAAGGACCAAUCAGACAAUCCUUGUUUGCAUCUCUUCGGAAGGAUGGACACUGGAAAUGUUUCUGUCUAACGGCGCUGAUCAUUGGCUGUUUGGUUGCUAUCACGUGGUGUCAUUUGACUAUUGUACACAAGAGAAUCCUGACCUACAUGGAAGUCUCCAUUAGCACCAGUUCAGAUAGACUAGGGCCUUGUAAAGAGGGCUAUAUCUACAUCCCCGUGGCCUUUGUCAUUAUGUUGUAUCUGGUCUAUCUUGUAGAGUGUUGGCACUCACACUCACGUCUAGAACUCAGCUAUAAGUGUGAUAUUGAUACAGUGUACAGUACAAUAACCCGGAUGCAGAAUGCGCAGCCUGUCAUAUGGUGGAAAGCAACUUGCUAUCACUACGUCCGACGUACACGUCAUGUGUUAAGGUACCGCAACGGGGACGCCUUUACAUCUACACAGGUAUAUUAUGAGCGAGUCGACUCUAAGACUGCGAGCGCCGCAUACAAUUACUCACAAGCAGGAGUAAAAGACAUUUCACGACCUCUAAGUGACCUUGAGAAGUAUCCUGCCAUCAAAAUCAAAAUAAGCAAGGGUUUCUCUUUCGCCAAUCUGGACACGGAAUUUGAUUUUGAAGAGCAAAGAGCGCAGUUCUUCCAGGAGUACGAGACCAAAGACGACUACAUGGAGGGUCGUGAGGGAAUGGAUCUGCUCAACGUGGACUUUAAGGAGUACAUGAUUGCUUUUAGAGACCCGGAUCGUCUCCCUUGGUACGUGUCGCAUGCUGUUUUCUGGCUUGCCUCCCUUGUGCUACUAUCUUGGCCACUUCGCGCGAUCAUAGAGUACAAGACAGCCCACUUACACUACCACAUCCACAAGCUGUUUGGAUCCAACUACCUGGACAGUGAGAACUACCCCAACAUGAUGAGCAGAGUGAGUACAAUGAACAGCGUAGACCUGGAGAUGAGCAUACGUAACAACAAUGUCAUCGUCCCCAGCUACUCGGAGGUCGCUCUGACUGACGCCCAUCUGCGGAGAGACUACGGGGCCAUCAAGACGCGGGCGUCACGAUUUCCACGUAGUCUGACCAAUGUGACGCUCGCUUCCAGAUCGUCAUCCGUCGCAAGACCCCUGACACCAGCGGUGACCAUGAACCAGGUAAAGCGGUUCAAGAGCUGCAGUGCUUUCGUGAAAUCUGAGUCCACAGAGUCAGCAUUAGGAAACAACACCGUCAGGCAUCAGAUUCAGCAGCUACUGAGAGACAGGCAUCGGCUGCAAAAUAAAAUGGCUGGAAAUUCCUCUUCGAGCAUUUCAGGUAUCUCCAUGGCGAAUGGAAAUGUUCGUUUCAACGUAGGUACACCGGUGUCACCAGACGAUACUUCUUUAUCCCAGAGUUUCUCUUGUCAUUCUGUGGCAUCAUUCAGGGGAAUUGCCAUCACUCCGUCAGACGUCGGAGCUGCCACUUCCUCUCGAGCAAGUAGGCCGAGAUAUCAAAUAAAAUGUUCACAAGGUGUGGUCAAAUCUAAAAAAAGUAACAACAAAACGCAAACUUUCGGCUCAAUCAUCAGGUCAAAAAGUGUUCCUGGGUCAGCGCAAGGCCCCCACGACUUGGCCUCUAGCUUCCUGUCGCAUCCUAUCGAUAGUCCCUCGGAGGCGAGCACUUCCUCGGAUUCCGGACAUCGUUUUGUCCAUUCCCAGGUCAUCCCUAGCUGCAGGACUCAAAUGCUGAAGCAGCUUACCGGGCCAGUAAUGACGGGCCUCCCCUCGCCCCCUAGCUACGAUGUUGCUAUUAGAAUGAAACGGAUUACCUCGCCCUGUCGCGCCCAGCUGAUCACGGCAGCACCCGCUAGACUACCCAACACGCAGGGGGAAAUUAGAUUAGCCGAGUUCUCGCUAGCCCCGCGGAUGAAACGGGAAAUUCCCGUCACGGGGUCACUAGGGUUUCAUGACAGAAAACAUAGCACUGAUUUAAUCACCAGCGUACAGCCAGCCGGACAACAAAUCGAUAAUGACCUUUCCGAAAUAACCUUCUUAGGCGCCGUCGGCAAUAAUAGCUAUGGCGGUGUUGAAACACAAAGUGUAUCACAUGUUCCCACGACAAUAAAUAUUCAACAGCCACCUAUCGACCAGUCUUUGCUGAUACAACAUGCCCCUAACCAACUUUCUCCUCGACCAUUUCCGCCUCCUUUAAAGUCACUUCCUAAAGUGUGCAUUCCAAACGUUCCAUCAGACUCGGAGGAUUCUGACUCGGACUAUUUACCCAGCGCGGCAUCAGAGCUGGGCAGUUUGGAAAACGUACAGUUCGAGCACGAUCAGGUCAGAAUUAGUCAGACUUUACAAGAAACGGAGGGAUCAAUAGACCGAGCUCAGGGAUACACGCCAGGUCCAGCACAAGAACGUUUAACACUCUUAAAUAGGUCAGUAGAAAGGAAUACACCGUCUACAUCUGUGGCUAGUGCAGCAGUAGCUCUCGCUAAUUCUCAUAGACGUCCGCUUGGUGCUAAUCACAAAGAAACGCCUGUAUAGAUCCUAAAAAUCAUCUGUUUCUAGUAGGAAGCAUUAAAGUGUGGAAUCUUCCUAGAAUGUGGCCAUUAGGAUUCGCUGACCAUAAACUUAAGGAAGCAUUAAAUGGGUAGGGGGUUAUUAAAGAAUGUGUAUGCUACGACAUAAAACUGCAACAUAUAUGUUCCUAUACUCUUCUUCAAUCACGUGACCAGAGAAGAGAUAUCAAAGCACUCCCUAAAUUAACAAAUUAGUUUGAUUACAAGUCAUUUAAAUGAGAUCUUAGAAGUUCUACCAUUUAGUCCCCUCUUCUUGACUCAUUUUGUAAAGCAGCACUACACGUGAAGCAACUGAAGCUCUACAACUAAUGAAGAUUGUGGUGUGUCUUAGAAACUGUUCGAUUAGCUGCUACGACUUACUGCUUCAAGAUGAACGUUAAACAAUGACAACUCUAAACAUUUCACAUGUGCUCAAGGAUAUUCACCAGUUGAAUGGCUUUUGUGCCUACAAUUUUAUUUAAUGUUUUCUUUGUCAAGAAUGUGGCAUUUGAAUUCCUUGCUAUUUGUUGAUUGGUUUAUAAGCUGAGUUCUCUCUAUCGUCGUGAAAGCCAGUAGAUGAGCUUUGUGUAAUAUCAGCAGGUCUCAAUCCUUUGCCUAUACUAGUUCAAUUAUAUGUUUUAUGACGUGAACGUUGACCUCUAAACCUAAUGUGAGAAUAGUUGCUCGGUUGAAACCAAACUUAGUUUUUUUUAAAGUAUGUAAAGAAGAAUAGGUUUGUCACUAGAAGAAGGUAGCCAUUUCAUUUGUGAAAUUUAAUUUUUUUUUUUUUUCAGAAAAUUUUGUUUUGACUUUCUGCUGGUAUUACAAGUAUAGUUUUGUUUUAAAUAACCUUCACUAUCCCAGCAUGCAUUUGUGUGUCACUAAUUUAUUUUCUGAAAUCUGAUACUACUACUACUUAAACCCUAUAGUGAAAAUUCUGCAUUGAGUUACUUUUUUAUCAAACUAAUAGUGAGGUCCACCUAGAGUGAGUUCUGCAUUGAGAUUCCUAUUUAUCAAACUAAUAGUGAGGUGCACCUGUAUUGAAGAUUUAUACAAAUUGCACAAAUGUGUGACUAUGGAAGGCUUAGAAAGUUUUGUACGGAUCGUAUGUUUGUUGAACGACGGCCCAUUUGUUUCUAAUUCCUAACACUGUUCAUAAAUCUGUGAUUUGAUUCUUUCUAUAUUUGAACUCAUGUCUCUGUGUCCUCAGAAAUGUGUUUUUACAUUUGACUGUGAUGUUCAACAAAGCAAUCAUUGUGUUUUCUUUUGAGAACGAUAUUUAAUAACCAGACUUACAAUUUUAAAAGCAUUUUUUUAAUUGGAACUGCAGUACUUGGUAAAGCAAUACGAUUACAGAGUUCUCUUUGACCUUUUCAAGAUGACAUUUUAGUAAUCGUUGUAGCAGUGGUGUAGCCACUAGAGUCCGAAGCGGUUCGUUUCCCUGGCCCAUAACUAACUAGAGCAGAGGAUGUACAAGCAGUGAGUCUCAUGACUAUACAUAGAUUUAAGAAUGUCUUCUUGUAAAUGUACUGAUGUCUACAGGAUGUCCCGAUUGUUUUCACACUUCUAUAUUAUUGUUUGGGGGUGGGGGGUGGUACACACCAUGAAAAUAUUGAGCCAGGAAAACGUGUACCUUGCUAUAGUAGUGCUCCAGGGUGUUCGUUUUCAAAGCCACAUAGAAACAUACAGUUAAACCAUUCAAAAACACUUGAGUUUGUGCUGCACAUAGAAUGACAAGUUGUACUCAUUGACACCAACACAUCAAAUAGAGCGACAUUCAUGUUGAUGAUUUAAACUCUGAAAAUAUGCUACAAGUUACAAGAGUCUGUGUUUGUAGUCGUCUUAAAAAAUACUAGGUGUUCUGUGAAUGAAACAAGUUUAUCUUAAAACCUUCAAGAAUGCAAUCAUUGGACCGGCCAUGGCGACAGGACAAAGACAUCAUAGGCAACACUAGGAUUCACAUGACAUUGACAACUGUAGUGAUUCUGAAAUAUAUAUAUAUAUUUAUUACUAUAUACUGUAUUUUCAAGUUUUUAUCACUGUAUUACAUAUGCAAUUACUAAGGACUAAAACAGUUAUCUCUGUAUGUCUGUAUAACAAGGACAUGAACAAGUUUGUCUUAAAUGAUCUAGCAUGUACAUAUAUUUCUUGUGAGGAAAAGUUAUUGCUCUAAGUUUGUCAAUUAUAUAUUUUGAUUUCCAAUUCGUCAAUAGCUAACAAUAGAUCUGACUUCCACUCUUCGUUGGUAAUCUGUGUUCAAUUUCACAAUGAAUUUCUUGAAGCCACUUUAGAAUGUUGAUGAAGAUUUGAUUAGACUGAUGUGUGAUUCAUUGUAGGACUGUCAACCGGACUCGCUUUCAACCAAUGGCUGUGAUGGACAUUUUCUUUGCAGACUUAUUCCAAAUGUUUCAAGAUAAGAUAUGCGUCUUAUUGCUUUCACGUUUAGCUUAUUACAUCCUUAUAAGUUAUGGACCUCGUGUCAAAUCAAAUGCUCGUUGAUGAAAUCAAUACGCAUGGCAAAUGAAACAGAGAAUAAACUAACACAAAGGCUAAAAUGAAAUGUUUAGAUUUGGCACGAGGUCUACUGAAGUUUCUAAUAAAAUACUUUCCUAGAGGCAUGAAGUCAUUUUAAACUCCUAUUUGUUUCAUGGUAUUCGGUUGUCUCGUCUCUUUCUCACAAGAGAAAUCCCAUGGCAUGAACGCACAAUGGAAUCUUGUACUUCUAAGCUACUAAAAGGUUUAUAGACAUUUCCUUUAUGGCUUCGAUUUUUUUGACAGGUAAAAUAUAUUCGAAUGAAAAUUCUUCUUUGCAGCCAAACUCAAUAACAAGUGAAUGUAAUACAUUUAUAACAAACUGAAUGUAGCGCUCUGAACGUUUAAUUCAAACACUGACUUUCACCUCCACAUAAGAGUGUAGCUUGUUCCCUAGGCAACAUUUCAACAAAGAGACCAGAGACAACCACCACGACCAUCUGUAGCUGUACAUUGAGCUUUCCUUUAACUUUUUAUUUGGAUUUAGACUUUGAGCAAUAAAAAUGAAUUCAAGCACUUCUGUAAACUUCUAGUUCUUUUCAAUUUCAAAAAUGAUCUUCUAUGUAUUCUUCUUAUUAUGAGUCACCACAUCCUAAAGCCAGUCAAUGCAAUUGGAGUCCUGCAGCCUAUGUCUGCCUUGGAAAGUAGGGACCCUAGUUAAAGUACCCGAAUUCUUAUAAUUACUUUAUAAACAAAAUCGUUAAGUCCUAAUUCCUGAUUGUAUUUAAACUAUCAUUGCUGUGGGAAACGUGGUCGAGACCCGACUCGGGCAGAGAAAACCUUCUCCUAGAUACCCCCUUCCCACCCCCACUUGUCCAGACAAUGAGAUGCUCUAAGCAUGAAAGUAGCGCUAUAUAAAAGCUAUCAUUUAUUUUAUUAGAAACUCAAAAUCCAGAAUCAGUCAAGAAUAGUGGAUGGAUGCACAAACAAUCAAUCAGAAAAAUAGUCAAUAGAUUUUAUAUUUAAUUAUUUACUUUGACAAUUUAAUUAAAUUAUACCUUUGAAUAAAUAAAUACACAUUUCUUUAAUCCUCUA